AUGGCGCUCGUGCCCAGCGCCGACGACCAGGCCGCGGCCUGCAAGGCCACCAUCCCCUGGUCCGAGAUGUUCCGCUCCGCCUCCGUCCGCCGCCCCAAGCAGGCGGAGGACCCGCCCAAGCCCGCGCCCUCGCCGACGGGGAAGAAGGCGGCGCCGCCGGCCGAGGCCGAGGGGCUGUCCCUCGAGCCGGACGCUCGCCUGGCGCUCUACAUCGCCAUGGCGCACGCGGGGCUCGCCACGGCGCUGCUCGUGCUCUACGGCCUCUACAUGCUGCUCGCCGACUUCCUCCGCCCGCUGCAGUGGGCGCUGCUCUGCUCGGUCCCGCUCCGCGAGACGCAGCACGCGCUCGUCGCCUUCUGGGAGCCGCCGCUCCGCGGCGGGUUCAGCGCCACCGUGCUCGCGCUCCCGCUCGCCGCUCUGCGUUCCUGCGCGGCCACCCUCGCCGACGCGCGCGCCGCGCUGAUGCGCCGCCCGCUGCCGCCGUCGCCGUCCUUCCCGCGCCUCCUGCGCUGGCUCGCCUCAUCCUUCUUCUUCCUCCUCCUGCUCGAGCGCCUCGGCACCGCCGCCGCGCUGCUCCUCCUCGGCGUCUCCCUCGCCUUCUACGCCGCCUCUCCCAAGCCCUCCUCUUUCAUCCCCCGUGCCGCCGCCUCCCGCAUCUCCGGUCGAACACCUUCGUCCCGCGGCCUCCUCCUCACCGGCGGCAUCCUCCGCCACCUCAGGACCCUCGUCGCCGUCGGCCUCAUGCUUGGCAUGAUUGCUGGCUUCCUAGGAGGCAGCUUCUUCUUCUCCUACAAGAUCGGACUCGAGGGCAAGGAUGCCGUCAUGUCCCUCAAGUCCCAUGUCGAGAAUGGCAACUACUCUGAAAAGAUUGGCCUCAAGAAGUUGCUUGACGACAAUGACAUCCCGGGCUUGGUGGAGCAGUACUCAGGGAAGCUCGUCGAAACCGUUUGGGAGCAGGUAGACCAAUUGGCUGUACAAUACAACCUUACUGAUUUCACUAGUGGAUUCAAGCACUUCUUGAUCAGCCAAUCAGUCCCAUCUGGUGCCAAGAGCAAGGAGCUCAUCACUUCUAGACCGCACCCGUACUCGCUAAAGCUGCAGGCCAUUACGCUGCGUGUGAAGAACAGGGAGUGGUUGGAGAUCUACAGGGAGCUGGACUCAUUCUUCAGGGAGCUGUUAAUCACAAGGGAGGAUCUAGUGGUGAAGGCCAAGGACCUGGCUUUGCAGGGCACAGAGAUUGCAAAGAGUCUGCUAUCUAGCGGCACCUCUGUGCUCGGUGGUAGUGCCAAUUUGAUGCUAUCCAUUGCUCUCCGCAUUCUCUCCGGUGCAGCAGAGGUGCUCAAUUUUGUGUCACAGCUGAUGGUCUUUAUGUGGGUGCUGUACUACCUCAUCACCGUUGAGGGUGGCGGGGCAACGGAGCAGGUCAUUGACCUCUUACCGGUGUCCAAACAAGUAAAGGAGCGUUGCGUCGAGGUUAUAGACCAUGCCAUUAGCAGUGUCUUGUUAGCCACUGCCAAGAUUGCUAUAUUCCAAGGAAUCCUGACAUGGCUGUUGCUCAAGUUCUUCAAGGUGCAUUUUGUGUACACAGCAACUGUGUUUACAAUCAUCAGUGCACUUUUUCCAAUACUACCAGCAUGGCUGUCCUCCAUAUUUGCCGCAGCGCAACUGCUGACGGAAGGGAGAUAUGUCCUCGCGGUUAUGGUUACGGUGAUACACCUUGUGAUCAUGGAUUAUGGAACCACGGUCAUUCAGGAGGAUAUACCUGGGUACAAUGGGUAUCUGACUGGCCUUAGCAUAAUCGGUGGCAUGACAUUAUUUCCCAAUGCUCUCGAGGUGCAAUAUUAG